AUGGAUCAUGGAGGAGACGCAGAGGAAGUCAUAUCACCCGGCUCCGCCCACAGUCAUAUCACCCGGCUCCGCCGUCAUCAUAACACCCUCUUUCACCACAUCACCCUCCAAUACCACCAUCCCGCCGGCGCCGGGCUCGAACCCAAUUUCAACCACUUCAAUCUAAUCGAUGCUACCUACAAAUAUCAACACAGCACAAUCUCUCCUGAGCCGUAUGCACCAAUCUCCAAAUCCGAUAUGCCUUCCACCCGAAUGCGCAUCCGCAAUGCCAACCGCACUCAGACUCACCGGCGACAAGUUUACUCCAACAGGAAUGCGGCCACAUUAGCGCGGUUACAACGACAAGCUGAAGUAGGCCGCCAGCGGGAACAAGCAGCUCAGCCUCCUCACAUCGGAAACUUGUUUGAUCCCAACCACGACUAUCCAUUCGAUGCCCAGCAGGAAUCAGCCGAUAGGAACCAAGCUGAAGACGAAUCCGAAUGGGGAAAUUUUUCCGAAGAGGAGCCGGACGAAGUUGAUUUGGCGAUGGCUUCUUACAAAGAAAAAUACCGUCAACAAGCACGCGAAUACAACUGGAACAUACUACUUCGUCAGCUCCAAGGCGAGUAUAUGAAGUUGAAGGUUACCACAAAGAACUGGGCCGGCCCCAACUCAUACAACAAUUAUGCUAGCUGCUCUCCCACCUGCUCUAAACGCUACAACCGACCAGUUGAUUUAGUGGACAUACACGCUUUUUGGCUGCGAAGGAAGUUUGCUCUUGCUGUUCGCCGCCGUCGAGAGACUCGAAGAACUCUCAACCUUGUGCUUUCUAAGCGAAACCCCCAUGACCAGGAGGGCCGCAAUUACACUGUCCAAUUCUUCCGGGAACAGUGGGCUGCGCAGCGUAGCUUCCAAGGAGACCAUACUGAAGAAGAGCAAACUCGCCGAGCAAAACUGGUAUCGCUGUACAAGCGAGAGGAAACUUUGGAGCUGAUGAGGGCUCGUCUCCAAAGCCCGGAAAUCUUCCUUGAAAGUCCAGAUCAGGUCCGUCAACUCAUGGAUUCGAUUGUUGAACAAUCAGAAAUAUUGCGAAGAGAAACCGAAGACAUUGCUGGGAGCAGCGCAGUGGAGACUGGAGACCCCGAAGAGCAGAAACUCAGGCUCCUUCUCUGGGAUGCCAAAGCAGAACUGUUUGUACAGGCUGUACACCUGAACGCCGAGCGACAGCCACUGAUCAACUCCAUGGGGUCUCGACUCGGAACCCGUGGAAAAGAGAAAAUUAUCAAGGCAAUGCAGUCCCGACGGCCAGCCGUGAAGAAAGUGAUCGAUGCUUUUAACCAACUCUACACCAAAUAUAAGGCCAAAUAUCCCAAUCAGCAACUAUACGAUGCCGAAGAUCACCCUCUUACAUACAAGGCGUUUUCUAAAUGGCCAAUGGAUCAUAGGUUCUGGAAUGAUGGGUUAUACUACCAUUCCAGUGCACCUUGGUCUGUAGAUCCGGAUGUUCGGACAGGCAUUAACUGUGUUCUAAUCCUUCAGCGAACACGAGAAGAAUUUGAACUGAUCGCACAAGAAUUGGCUCGAGCUAAAGGAUGGGCUGUUGCCCACCACGCCAGGAUCAAAACCACAAUUAAUUACAUCAGUUCUCGUAAGUUCCCGCCACAGCCCAUCGCCGGUCUGCGAUUUUUGAUGAUUGGAAGAUCACAGACAUCAUUAACAGGUAUCCAUCAGCUUCAAAACAAUCCAAAUCUUGACACCGAUUACGUCGACAACAUCAUGCUUGGUGAUUUAACUCGCGAGGCUAAAAUGAAGGUGAUCUGCGAAGAGCUCAAACUUCAACUCAAAGCACACGAGGAACUGGUCUCCGAUUGGUCGGAGGAUCUUGUUUGGUUAUGGUCGCGCUGCCAACCCGUAAACAACCAACACUUGAUUUCCGAAUGGCACGCUUUGAUUCAACAAAUUGAGCAACUUGAAUCCCAGACCGUUCCAACACCUGAUAUCGAUGAAAAUCUUGAGGAUGCAGUUCUAGAUGUAAAUGUUGAGGAUGGAGAAGAUGCUGAAGACGAGUUAUUGUCAGAUGCUGAGUUGUAG